AUUGUUAAGAGGCCACGAAAGUGAUUUCAAAGUGUUAUUUGCGAUAUUUGUUAUUCCAAUGUCGAGUUAAGAAUGAUUUGCAAUUGCUGAAAAUAAGCCAGAACGAUCUACACCAUUAGUGCUCAAUAAAGAUUUUAGAUAUUCUGUGCAUUGUGAUACGAAGCAGAUCUUCUAACUUCACAACAAAACAAAAGGAAAAAAAUGGAGGACAACCAAAACAUGGAUGAUAUCGAGCAGAACUUCUUGACUCAAUUUAGCUCUAUGGUUACUACGGAUAAAGAUGACCUAAUCAAACAAUUCCAAACAAUAGGAGAAAAUCUCAACUAUUCCACAGCCACUUUUUUCCUGGAUAUGAGUAAUUGGAAUCUACAAACUGCUGUUGGAUGCUACUUUGACUUCAUGGCAUUUUCUCGACUUCCGUCGAUGAAAUUUCUGAACGAUCUCACCAUCGGAAAGGAUGAAAAAGUAACCCCUAAUACACCGUUCAAACAAUUAUGGCUAUUACAAAACAAUGGGGAAACAAGCUGGCCAGACGGUACUUAUUUAAAAGGCGAAAGCGAUGAAAUGAAAUAUUUCUUACCCGCACUACCGCCAAAUGAUACAACGGUUGUCACAAUCGAUCAACUAAGCCCAACGGCUAUUGGUCCGUUUGUCACCAAGUGGUGCUUGUAUACUUCAAACGGGUCUCAAUUUGGAGAAGCAAUUACGUCUAAUAUUGACGUAUGCGAAAGUGGAACAUUAGCUAUAACACAGCAGAUGUCACAGCUACAACCAAUGGCGUCCCCAGAUGUUGAUAUUGCCGAAAGUCCAUCGGCAUCAUUUCAGAACCCUCAAUCAGGAACAUUGGAAGAUACGGAAAUGUGGGGCUGAAGGUACAAAAUAUACUGUAAAUGAAUUACGAAACGAAUGGAUUUAUUAUGUUUAUUUGUAAUGCUGCGAAUGGAAGUUAUAAAACAUAAAAAUUUUACAGACA